AAUGCUUUAUUUGAAUGCUGAGUUGGCACAAGGAAGCUGAGUCAGGAUAUAUUUGGUAAACAAACCCAUGCUUGUUUUUAUUUAUUUCUACGUCUAUCAAUGAGUUCAAAUAAGAACGAUAAACAAGGAAAAGUAUCAAAAGCGCAAACACUCAUUAAUGAAAUUAUUAUCGCUGCCAGUUUUCAAGCAGAAUUAAACGAUUGUUUUGAUAGAUCAAAGACUAAUUUUAAAAAAAUAGCAAAAAGGCCUUUUGAAACAGCAAAUCAAGAUAUACUGCACUCAGAAGCAUUCUCACCUCUUUCAAAACAAGUAAAAUCUAUUGAUUAUAUUUCUAAACUUGAUAAUGUGUCUGAUAGAGAAAUUAUUCAAACAAUUGAGGACGAGGAAAAGUUAGAUAGCCCUAAAGCAUACUCUCCUGCUGAAGAUUUAGAAAGAGAUUAUUCAGCUAUAAAUGAAAACUCUUCAUUUUCUAAUAACCAGACUGCAAACUUUGUUAUUACUGAGUUAAAAGAACCGUUAAGUCAGCAAAUUGUUUUGACUGAAGAACAGCUUGCAGAAAUACCAGUAAAAGACUUAAAUUCUUUACUAAGAGGCCUUCCUGAUAAUGAGGUUUUAAAAUUAAAACAAAAAAGAAGAACUAUAAAAAAUAGAGGCUAUGCACAAACAAGUAGAAUGAAAAGAACAACACAAAAAAGUCUGCUAGAAAAUGAAAAAAUGACAUUAGAAGAGCAGCUUGAACAUUAUGCACGAGAAAAUGAACUUCUCAAAAAAGAAAGGGACGAUGCUUUGCAUAAACUAGAAGCUUUAAAAAGAUUUUCAGAGUUGAAUGGCAUCAUUUUAACAACUAAUGAGGAAACUCUGACUCAAUUAACACUAAGUAUUGGUGAUUUAAAAAAUGAAAAUAAAGCUGUUGACGAUAUUUGAAAAUUUAAAUUUACCUUGCUUUACCAGAACAAUACAUUUUUUUCUCUAGAUUUAAAAGAAUAUAUAGCAACCAAUUUCUACUAAACAUGUCACAAUAAAAUGAAUAAUUUGCUUGAUUUUUAUCUAAAGAAAAGUUUUACGUAAAGCUAAUGUACAAAUCACCUUUUAUUAUAAAAUGUAAGUAAGCAUCAUUUGUAAAUAUUCUACAGAGUGUAUAAUAGCUAAUAUAUAAUUGCCUUUUGAAGGUUUAUAUAUGAUUGUACUAAAUUUUAUUAUUUGUACAUACACCUGAGUAAAUUAUAAAUAUGUUGGUAUAUUUGAUAUA